AACUCUAGAAUAAUUUCAAUAAUAGUUUGGUAGUAAUCCAAAUAGGUAAAAGAUCAUGUGAGUAAAUACAAAAGAAAUAUUUUUAAAAAUUCCACAUUUAAAGCAACAACAUUCUUGACAAAAAAAAUUCUUUACAAGUUCUUAACAGUUCACAGACAUUUGCUGUUAUAAUCAACUAGGCACAUUUCUAGCCAUUUUCCAUAAUCUGGAAGGUUGUUUGUAUCAUUGCCAAUGGUUCUGAAAACGAUGAUGAAUAGAUUCUGUUGCUUGCUCACUGUAGAUUCCAAGAGGAGACCUUGUUUUUUGGAUGAAGUCCUUAACAUGAAAAAACACUGCAUGUACUUUUGGAGUGAUGUUUCCUCUUGGCAAUGCCAAAUAUAAAUCUCUGACUGAAUCAAUUUUUUCUGCAUAAGUGCAACCCAACUUGUUGCCAAACUUUCGAAAGCUGUCAAUGAUGCUGAAAACUUGAAAGGCACUGUCAUUUUCAGCCAGUGUUUGGAGAAGGUCGAGAUUUUUGAGGAGCUUGUGGCAAUCAUUCCCUGAAAAUUGACCACCAUAAAAAGGUUGGGGCAGACUUUAAGAAAACCUCCACCACCAUCUAUUCCAAGUUUAAUGAUGUGUUAUGAGAAAACCUUCCUUGAAAGUAGAACUUCUUCAGUGAGUGCUUGGAGAUUGCAAUGGACAACAACACUUUGAGACUUCUUUUGAUCUGAACUAAUGAAUGUUGUUGGGGUUUGUGUAAAGUGUUCUUCUAGACUUUUUCCGAGAUCCUGAAACUUGUGCAAUAUAUUUGGUUCCAGAACUUUGGCAGACGAAACAUGCCUAAUGGUGGAAGUCAGUUUUUUUAUUCCACUGUUUGACAAUCCUGUAUUUAGUUGAACUUGAGAAAGAUCCUUUGCGGUGACUACAGCUGGAUCUUUGAACAACUGCUUAGAGCAAGAAGGACCUGUUAAAGUGUAAAAUAUAAUAUUUUAGUUACUUAAAUGUGAUGGUCAACCUUAAUGAAGAAUUAUAUACAAACCUUGUGUGAUUGGGAGCAGUCCUCCUUCUUUUGGCUGCACAAGUCUAAUGGUUCCACAAGGAGAAGAUUCUUUGCUGACAAUUGUUGAGCUGGCAAUUUGUUCUGCCACAAUUCCAUCAGAUUUUGAAAGCUCCUUUAAGUUUUUAGGAAACUGUGAUGAAGAGCAAUAAUGGGGUAAACCUCGACCAAUAAGAGAGAAACAUGUAGAACAUCUUCUGUCUGAUGUUUUCUCUCCAGUUUUGUUCUUUCAAGAGGGUGUUUCUCUGUCAGUUCAAGUCGCCCUAUGUCUCAAAUCAAGCAUUCACAAGCUUGACCACGUGUGUGAACUUUUAUAUCAAUGGUUUCAAAUUGAAACAGCUUGGGCAAAACGACCUUCUGCCGUUGAUCACACUUUCCAAGGGCCAGUCUACAUGGAUCACAAAGACUUUGAGGAAUUCUUGAAUCAUCAAAGUUGAACUGCUUUUUGUAGUUGUUUUGAAUUUUGCUGACCAAAAAUGGUGUCAAUUCACGAUUUCCUUUUCUAAGACACAUGAUUCAAACAACUUUUCUGUUCUCAUCAUGACUUUUUGCAUGAUUAGGCAUUUUCAAUUUAUUUCAUGAGAAAAGGUUAAAAAAUCAAUCUUCAAAAGCUUUGAUUUGUAGUAAACUGCCUUUUCCCGGAUUUUUUUGGUAAAUUCUUAAAAAUAUUUUAAUCCGGCUCCAACUGGAAAAUCUGAAGUAAACGUUGAAUGUGAUUUUCUUUCACUUUUGGAUGUUGAGUAUGAAACUUCGCACAGAGUUUUCAACACCAUAAAAAAGUCACUCGAGAAUAUAGAAGUCGUAAAUUGCAAUAAAAAACUAGUUGGAUUUGGUGCGGAUGGCGCAUCCGUUAACAGAGGGAGCAAGUCAGGCGUUAAAAUGUUGCUCAAGGCUGAAGUCCCCUGGAUCACGUUUGGCUGGUGUGUAGCACAUCGUCUCGAGUUAUCAUUAAAAGAAAAAUUAGGAAAAACAGCCUCAUUCAAUGACGUUGAUUACAUGAUUUUAAAAAUGCAUUACAUUUACAAAAAAUCCCCCAAAAAGUUAAGACAUUUGGGUGAACUCGUUUCUAUUAUAGAAGAUGAUGAAUAUAACAUUGGUGGUUUCCGACCUAAGAAAGCCUCCGGUACACGAUGGAUUUCACAUAAAGUUCAGGCUUUAGAAAUGAUUUUAGAUAAAUACGGUGUUUAUUUAACACAUCUGGAAAAUAUGACUGAAGAUAUAACAUUUACCAAUGCUGAAAGAGCUAAGUUUAAAGGAUACCACAAAAAGUGGAUUCAUGCUAGAAUGCCUCUUUAUAUCGCGUUGUUUAUUGAGAUUUUAGCACCAGCAAAGAUGUUGUCAAAAUGUUUUCAAAGUGAUGAGAUAGAUGUGUUGGCUUCAUCAGGGUUUGUUCAACAAGCUAAAAGCCAUUUAAAUCGUAUUCAAAAAACAAAGUUUAUUAAUUUGCCAACAGUAAAACGUUUUCAAAGCCAAAGUGACUGAAAAAGAAGGAAAGUUUUAUUUCCAGGGUGUUGCACUUAACGACUUUGUAAAUGCUAAACAUUUAGUAAAGUCUAAAUCUAUUCAUAUCGAGUUGGUAACAAAUUCAAUCAUAGAGCGUUUGGAAACAAGCGAUACUAUUACUGAUAUGUAUGGUACAAAAGUUUUAAAUACAGAAGGUUGGCUUCAAAGUAUUGAAAAUGAAACAUUCCUGGAUGAAGGAAUAGAAAAUCUUUUUGACUUUUAUAGAGCGCCGUUGCGACAUGCUGGUUUUGCAGGAACUGUAAAUGAUGUUUUGGAUGCUUGGCAUAGCUUGGUAAACUACACUGUAAAAUAUUUAGCACCACAUAAUACCGGUUAUCGUAAGUUAUGGCAUCAAAUUUUUUCUAGCUCAAUGAAAAAUGAAUCGGUUCCGGUUUUACUUAUUGCCGAACUAUUAUUUACUUUGCCUGUUUCUAAUGCGAAAGUUGAACGCCUUUUUUCACUAAUGAAUAGAGUAAAAACGGAUACAAGAAACUCUCUGAAAGAGAAACGUUUAGAAAAUUUAAUUUGAGUAAGUUUCGAUGAAAAAGAUUCCAAUUUAUUUGAUUUAAGUUCUGCUAUCGAGUUAUGGACUAAUGAUGCCGUGCGAAGGCCAAAACAAUCAGUAAGAAAAUGCUAUUCCAAAAAAGCAAAAAAAGCAGGAUUAAAAACAAUAAUCGACUUGGAUUCAUCAUCUAACGAAUCAAGUAAUGAAUAGCGCAAAACAAGAUUAUUUUUUCUCACCUUUUUUUAGUUUAAAAAAGUUUUAAUAAUCAAAUAUUGGUUAAAAAGUUCAUUACCUUUUUAUUGUGUCAUUUUUGUUAAAAAACGAUCAUUAUAUAAAAAACAAUUGUUCGAGUCACAAAAAAUAUUUUUACGUCACUUAAAAGGCAACGCGUUGAAGUGAAAAAGUGAAUUAAGAGCUAAGUUUAAAAGUAAAAACUAUAAACGAUAACGCGGACGUACGCUGUUGUAUUUAAAAACCAAUAGCGUUCAGCUAGUGUUCUAAAAAUAGAUUUUUUUAGUACUAAAAGGCAUUAAGGUAAAGAUAUUUUAGAAAAUUGCACAAAAUCAAUAGAAUUUUCUAAAACGCACUUUAUUGUAGGUUGAUAGCGGUAAAACAAACAAUUUGACGUCACCUAAAAUGUACGCUAUUAAAGAAAAAGUUAAGAAAAAUUUGAUCGUCUGGAUAAUUUUUUGGUCGUCUACUUUAUUACUUUUAUUAUUUCUGCCGAUCAGUGUUGAUCGGCAACCUUCAAAUAAUUAUU